UGUACAUGUACAUGUAACUAUAACGUAAUUGAAUAAGUUUUAGUAUUUGUUUAUUGAUGUUUGGUCAAUGGUGUCAACUAUCUAUACCAUGUGUAAUGUUAUUGUAUAUUACACAGAACAGUAAUUAAUUGUCUAGCAUAAUUAAAGGAUCUUACAAAUUACAAGGUAAUCCACUAUGGAUGGUGGAAAGAAGGUAUGGGUGCCCCACGCCCAUGAUGGGUUUAAGCUGGGUCGUAUUGUAGACAUAGGAUCUGAUGACAUCACAAUUGAACCAUUUGAUGCACCGGGAACUGCAAUACAUUCAGUGUAUGACAGAACCUUCCCAGCUGAAGAGUAUGAUAAUAAGGAUGUCGAUGAUAACUGUGGUUUAAUGUACUUGAAUGAAGCCACUCUUCUUCAUAAUUUAAGAAUCAGAUACUUGAAAAACCAGAUCUACACCUACACUGCCAACAUCUUGAUAGCAGUCAAUCCUUAUUUUGAGAUGCCAGAUCUUUAUGCAACACAGACUGUGAAGAAAUACAAUGGAAAAUCUCUUGGAACAAUGCCUCCACAUGUGUUUGCUAUUGCUGACAAAGCUUAUCGUGACAUGAAGGUAACCAAACACAGUCAAUCUGUCAUUGUAAGUGGUGAAUCAGGAGCAGGAAAGACAGAGUCUACCAAAUAUAUUCUGAAAUACCUGACAGAAUCCUGGGGUACAGGGUCAUCUAAUAUAGAACAGAGAAUAUUAGAAUCUAAUCCUUUACUAGAAGCUUUUGGAAAUGCUAAAACAGUGAGAAAUAACAACAGUAGUAGAUUUGGAAAGUUUAUUGAAAUACAUUUUGAUGGAAAGUGUUAUGUAAAUGGAGGCUUUAUUUCUCACUACCUGUUAGAGAAGUCAAGAGUGUGUACUCAGAGUAAAGAGGAGAGAAACUACCACAUCUUUUACCGAUUGUGUGCUGGGGCUCCCGAUCAGCUGCGACAGAAACUUAGUCUGGCUCCUCCAGAUAAAUUCAAGUAUUUGAUGCGUGGAUGUACACAGUACUUCUGUAAUCGUCAAACAGAUAAACAACUUGCUGCUGAUAGAAAAAGCCAACAGUAUCUUAAAGAUGGCAGUCUUCAUGAUCCCAAACUGGAUGAUAUGAAUGAUUUUAAAACUUGUGACCUUGCUAUGACCCAUUUAGGGAUCAGUGAUGAGGAUAAAUUGUCCAUCUAUACACUAGUGGCUGCUGUUCUUCAUCUUGGUAAUCUGGAAUUUGAGGAAAAUGUAGACGAUGCAAAAGGUGGCUGUAAAAUCAAUGGACCAUCAGAGAAGACUCUAGGCAUAUGUAGUGGACUGUUGUCGUUAGACAAGGAGGAGCUCAGAGAAUCAUUGAUAACAAGAGUUAUGCAGACAUCAAAAGGAGGCUCUAAGGGAACACUUAUUAAAGUUCCAUUAAAGAUUGGAGAAGCUAGCAGUGCCAGAGAUGCACUAGCCAAGACCAUCUACUCCAAAUUAUUUGACUAUAUUGUAUCAAGAGUAAAUCAGGCCAUUCCAUUCUCACAGUCCAUGUCUUUCAUUGGCCUUCUGGAUAUUGCUGGAUUUGAGUAUUUCCAAGUAAACAGUUUUGAACAGUUCUGUAUUAAUUAUUGUAAUGAAAAAUUACAACAGUUCUUCAACACCAGAAUUCUGAAAGAAGAACAAGAUCUGUAUGAAAAAGAAGGGUUAGGUGUAAAGAAAAUCCAGUGGACAGAUAACCAAGAUUGUAUAGAAUUGAUAGAAAACAAGAAAAUGGGUAUUUUUGACCUACUUGAUGAAGAGAGUAAACUUCCUGCACCUAAAUAUGAUCAUUUUACCAUGGAGGUUCACAACAGGAACAAAAAUCACUUUAGGCUUAGCCUGCCAAGGAAAUCCAAAUUGAAGUCCCACAGAGAUAUCCGAGACGAAGAGGGAUUCUUGAUUCGUCAUUUUGCUGGUGCUGUUGUUUAUCAUACUAACCAGUUUCUGGACAAGAACAACGAUGCUUUACAUGCCUCGCUGCACUUCCUGAUCCAGGAUAGCAACAACACGCUACUGAAAAAGAUGUUUGAAGGAACGCAGGUCUCUACUGGAAAAUUAAACUUCAUCAGUGUCGGAAGUAAAUUUAGAUCACAGCUGGUUAUACUGAUGGAAAAACUGAAAGCAACAGAAGAUGUAACACUACUGAGGACUCCAACUUUACUUGUCAAAGGUACCAAUUUCAUUAGAUGUAUAAAACCCAAUUUGAAAAUGGUGGAUCAUUUGUUUGAAGGAGGACAGAUUCUGAGUCAGCUGGAGUGUGCAGGUAUGAAUGCUGUAUUAGACCUUAUGCAGCAGGGAUAUCCAUCCAGGACACAGUUUCUAGAACUUUAUAACAUGUAUAAGAAAUUCAUGCCAUCAGAUCUAAUAAGACUGGAUCCAAGAUUGUUCUGUAAGGCAUUAUUCAAGGCUCUUGGACUGGAUGAUAAUGAUUUUAAGUUUGGUCUAACCAAAGUCUUUUUCCGACCAGGGAAGUUUGCUGAAUUUGAUCAGAUCAUGAAAAGCGAUCCAGAAAAUCUAGCAAUAUUGAUCAAAAAGGUUAAGAGGUGGCUGAUUUGCUCACGGUGGAAGAGGGCCCAGUAUGGUGCAGUUAUGGUCAUUAAAUUGAAGAACAAGAUAUUGUGGAGGAGAGAACAGAUAGUAGUCUUACAGAAGUCAAUCAGAAUGUGGAGAGAUGUUAGGAAAUUUAAACCUAAGUAUAAGAUGAUUGUAAAGGCCAAGGGAUCACAAGCCCAGCUUACUAGAAUGCAGGAGAUUGUCAGUCAAUUAAAGAAAGGAAAAGAUUCAGCAGCUAAAAAAGUCAAGAGUAUAGAAGAUUCUCUGGAGAAAUUCAUCAGUAAAAUUAGAACAACGGAGAUGAAGAAGACUGAGAUGGAGUCCCAAUAUAAUCAUUUCCUGACACAGAUGGACCAAACCAUGCAGGAUCUUAGGAAAGAAAUGGAGAAAGAGAAGGUGGCUGCAGAGCAAGAAAGACUCAAGAAGAUACAGGAAGAAAUGGAGAGAGAAAGACAAAAGAAGGAAGAAGAAGAAAGAAAGAGAAAAGAAGAAGAGGAUGCCAGGAAACUAAAAGCAGAAAUGGAAAUGAAAAGAAAGAAAGAAGAAGAAGAGAGAAAGAAAAGGGAAGAAAAGGAAAAGAAGGAGAAGGAAAAAAUGAAAGAUCAACUUGCAAAAGAAGCAGAAGAAAACAAACAGAGACAACAGGUAUUGGAACAGGAAAGACGAGACAGAGAAUUGGCUUUACGUCUUGCAGCAGAGGACGCUAGUGAGGUUGAAGAUGUCGUUGUUCCACCAUUAAAGAGUGCCACAGGAGGCUCUGCAGGGUCUGAAGAAUUUAGAAGUCAACGUGCUGAGGCAUUAUCUAAGAAAUAUGAUCUAACCAAAUGGAAGUAUGCUGAACUUAGAGAUACCAUUAACACUUCUUGUGACAUUGAGUUACUGGAUGCUUGCAGAGAAGAAUUCCAUCGUCGUCUGAAAGUCUACCAUUCAUGGAAACAGAAAAAUAAGAAGAAAUCUGAAGGUCAACCAGAUGAGAGAGCACCUAAUGAGGUGUUACAACAUGCUGAUGAGCCCGCAGUAGCUACCAAAGCUCAAGCACCUAAACAAGCUAACACUCCAGCACAAAGAUUCUUCAAGAUACCAUUUGCACGACCAGCUGAUGAAUUCCGUGGAGAAGCACAGAAGAAACAUGGAAUGUGGUAUGCACAUUUCGAUGGAGAAUGGAUUGCAAGACAAAUGGAAAUUUAUCCAGAGAAGUCACCAAUGCUUAUGGUUGCAGGUGUAGACGACUUACAAAUGUGUGAGUUGAAGCUAGAAGAAACUGGACUGACCCGUAAGAAAGGUGCAGAAAUCCUAGGCAAAGACUUUGAAGGUGAAUGGGGACAAUACGGAGGAAGAGAGUACAUGCAGAAACACGCUAAAAGAGUGUCCUCUAAAUUUCUACAGAAAAGACUCGGAAUCAACUGAUGAUGGCAAAUUUUAGGUCACAUAAUUAUAUAUUUGUUGAGAUACAUUUUUGCUUUUAAUUUAUAUUGUGAUAUUUAUCGAAUGUUUGCUUGUAAGAUAGAAACCUUUAAACUGAAAACCUUUCUUAGAGACACUUUCACAACCUGUUCUAUUUUUAUAUAGUUUUAUAAAAAAAAUAUACACGUCAAAACGGUUACGAUGGCUAGUUUUGUAUGAAUUUUACAUGAGAUGCUGAAAGCUGUUUGAAAUGUUCUUUAAGCAAAACUAUAUUAGAAACAUGCUGAAAUAUUACUUUUUUAUAGUUAAAUAAGCCAGUCAAAAAAUAUUGGUAGAAAUCUAGGAUUUUGCAGAAUUACUCAAGUUAUGCAAAACAUAUUGCUCUUUUGGUAUCUGAAAAGUUAAAUCGUGAUGGGUUUAAAAGCAUUUAAUUAGUACUGAUGUUUUUUUUUAAUUCAAUGGACAUCAGUAUUCUCAAAACAAAAGUUCAAAAGCUUAAAUGAUGAAUGCAAAGCAAAUUGUUGCUUUUAUUGUUGAAAUGACUUGUUAAAUUAUAUCUGUUUGUGGUGAGAUUGAUUGUUACAUAUUUUUGUAUAUUGUUCAUAUAUAUUUUUAAACAUUUCUACAAAGAAUUAUUUGUUUCAUUUCCGUAAAUUCAUUUCAAUGGGUUUUGGGUCUUUGGGAGAUAUUUUUGUAUCAACAAAUAGGUAAAUGGUUGUUGAUAGCGUUAGUUAUAGUUUGGGAAUACAUAUGGUCAUAAGGUGUUUCUUUGGCAUGUUUGGCAGAUACCUAACAUCAUAAUAUUACAUCUAGUUAUAGCAAAAAAUGUAUUGCUUUUUUUUUUAAUAAAAUAAAAUCAAUAAAUGAUCAAAUUUUGCUCACCAUUUUUAUUUUGGCAUUUAAAAAAUAUUCAAGAUGUAAAAUUAGAUACUUUAGCCCUGAGUAAAGUGCUUUAUUUAUCUUUGCUGUCAAAUGCAUCUACCUGGAAACCAUUAACAAUUAGGGAGACUAGAAAUUAAAUAAAUCAAGUUAGCAUAUCUUUCACAUAUUCAUAGUUCUUAUGUGUAUGUGAGCUUAAAUUUGUUUGUCAGCUUGUUAGAACUGAACGAUUUACAGAUUACUGUGGAUUCAUCUAAUUUUUUGGGCAUCACUUUUUGUGUGGAUUGAGAAAAACUUACAGUUUCGUGGAUAUUUGAUUUCAUGGUUUUGAUAAUAUAAUCUCUUCAAACAAACCCUAUAGAAAACUUGUAAUUCGAGAAACAUUUGAUUUUUUUGUUCACCUUUAUCCUCAAAAUCCAUGAAAAUUGGUAUUCAGCAAAUAAGAAUGAAUCCACAGUAAAUUCAAAUUUGGAGUCCUAGUGUUGUGAGUGUAGAUUAAACUAACAAAAUGUAUUUUUUGUUUUGAUAUGAAAAUAUAUCUAUUUUAACAAAAGAUUUUACCCUGCCAAAACAUGGUGAAAAGAAACAAAAUUUCACAUUAAUUUGUCUAUUGAUUCACAAACUCAACUUAAGUCAAUUACAUCAUUUUAUUCAGAUUGUCAACAAAUUAGCUAAGUUCUCACAUUCCUUCAAAAUAAUCUUCACUGCUAUAUAUAAGCACGGCUAUUCUAUUUGGUUGUAUGUAUGCUAUUGCUUUUUAUGUCUGGAUUGUAUCAUUAGUGAGAAUUAUAAAUGAAAAUGGUGGACAUUUAGCUGUGUGUGACAAUCAUUCGGUUUUUAAAAAGAAAUGGAAGAUAUAUGGAGUCGUGUAGCAUUUGUAUUUUUUUUUUUUUUUUUUUUUUUAUGAUAUACUUUCAUUGAUUCAGCAAGGAAAAUAAAUAUAUCCAUUGCAUCAAGAAAUUAGAAUUGUAAGAUCUUAAAAUAUGUUUGAAAUUAAGUUCAAAAUGAAAUUGUCACUUAUAAAUAUUAAUAAAGUACUGUAAACCAACUAAGUUUUGUGAGCAAUUUAUAAAAUUUUACAAGUAGAAAUAUAAUCUUUAUUUUAAUCUUUGCAAAUUUAUAAACAUACAAAAAAAAUAGAAAAUCACAAAAAAACACCAUGCAUUUACUGUAUGAUUAACUUAGUAUUGUGUUUUUUGUAUGAGGUUAACUGAAACAUUUUUAUUCUAAGUGACAACUUUCCAGAUUUUGUUGCACAUACUCAAAGACCAGUAAUUUAUUACCAAGCUAGUGUAAAAGAGAGUUGUGAUUGUUUUUAUUUCUUCCAAGUGUGGUACUAAAUUGAGUACUACAUAUUUUUGUCGGUUACAUACAUAUAUAAUUAACCAAAUGUAAUUUUAUAAGACCAAAACCUAAAUGUUGUUUACAAUUUAUUGCUAUAUUCUUACUUCUUUUUGACAUAUAUGUACGUAUAUAAAUAUACAUAUGGGGACCAAAAGGCCUUGGUGGCAUUCUUUUGAUUAUUGCCAUGGAGUUUGAAUUGUUUCAGAUGAUGAUAGUAUUCAAAAUGGUGUUAAAAAAUAGUUAAUAUAUAAGAGUUUUCUGCCUUAUUUUUUUUAUUAUAUUAUAGAAGUGCUUCAAAAUUAAGGUUGUGGGACCUUCUAUUAUCAGCUGUCUCAAAAAAGCUUUUCAUAUUUAUUUUUUUUACCGUUAAUAAAGUAAAGAUAUUUUACAUAAGUGUGAAAUUUUUAUUAUAUAUAGAAUAUUUUACAUCAUGUUUUUUUUUUUAUCAAAUUUUACCUGAUGUGUACAUGGAUGAUACAAAAUUUGGGAUAAUUGUUGAAAAUAUUGUCUAACCAGUUAAUUAAAUGUGUUUUACAUCUGAGAAAUCCAAGGUUGUGGCUGGCCACAGAAAAUUUUGAUAAUUUCAAAUUUACAUAUUGUCAUUUAAUUGGUCACAAAAAUGUGUAUGGUAAAUUUGACGUCACAUAUUAAUUUCUGUUUUUCAUUUAUUGUUUAUUUCUGUGAAUUUCUGUUUUUGUUGGUUGUGUAUAAAGAGAUGUUGUUUGUCAGACAUAAAUGUACAGAUUCAUUCUUGAUACAUGUAUUGUGCAAAUGGGGGCCAAAAUGUUAUUUUAUUUCUUGUCAAACAGGGACAUGUUACAUUAUUAACAAUUUUACAGCAAAUACUUUUUUUUCAAUUUCUUCAAGCUACAGUUCUUUAACUUGGUUAAAUGUUAGUAUCAAUUUUGGAGAAUGCAUAUUCAAAUGAAAAGAUCAGUAACAAUAGAAUAUGAAUUGUGAAAUUUCUAGAAAAAAACUGUAUAUUUGUUUUACCAGCAUUUCUUACAUGAUUUGUGCUAGGUUUUGUGAUAAUUCUGUGACAUUUGUAGCUGUAGUAAAUUUAUUGUUUUGUUCUUCUGUUUUGAGAUGUGUAUGUUUGGUAAGAUUAAGAAAUUAAAAGAACAAACUACA